UCUUCCAAAAACGGUAGCAACAAUCAGACAUAUGAAAAUAAAUGGCACCAGUUUUAAACCAGGUCUAGUUGUCAAAUAUAAUAUUUGUGAACAAAAUGAAUUCGGGCUGUUAAAAGCAAUUAUUCUAUCAAACGAUGAUAAAAUUUGCAUACUUCAAAAGUUAAACUGUUCACGUUUUUGUUCUAAUUCUUUUAGUUACAUUGUAGAAGUGGAAGAACAAAAUAUUCGUGUUUCAUGUGCAAAAUUACUUACUCGCAAGACUUAGAGCUUAUGGCGGUGUUUUGACAGAGAAGAGGAAUUCUUUUAUAUUAGCGUAAAAUAUGUCGAUGAAUAAAUAUUCUUCCUAAUCGUUCUCUGUUAACGAAGCCUUACAUCUUCGAGUUCCAUCACAAAGUAGUUUAAUAAUUUAAAAGAUGAACAGAUUAACGAUCACUCUUUGCUGGAACUGAAUGAAUCGCACCUAACCAGUAUGGGAAUCACAAGACAUGGUCCGCGUCUGAUAAUCCUUGGUGUUAUUCAGAGAAAGAAAAAACAGAUUGAACUUGCAAACAGGCCAUCCACUUCCACAGGGUUUGCUCCUUCGAAUGCUUCUAAACUCUCGGUUCGUGAACUACUUCAAUCUGACAAACUUUUCGCGCAGAAGAUACUUUAUCGUCAGCUCGGUCGACAGCAGGUUCCUGAAAGAGAAUGGUGUCGUCCAUGGUACGACACGAUUCUCGAGGAAAAAAGAUACCCGUCAGUUCAAGAAAAGAAAGACUUAGCUUUGAUGAUUUUACAUGCCUUUCCACAUUUGAAAACAACUGCGGUUGAAGGUGGAAGCAAAGAGACUGGUUUUUUUUACGAGAAUAACGGUAAGGGAAGUGGACAUGAGCAUACCGGUUAUAUCCAGAGACACAUUCGAAACUUGGCUAACAAAGUACCGUCUGAGCUUAAAAAGUAUAAGCGGCGUAAGGUACCCCAGGUGGAAGAUCCUGAAAUGGUCAGGGCAGCUGAAAAAUGUGCCAAAAAGGAAGCAUCGACUGCCAACUUCACAUUUAUUCGAGAUACUAUGGUCGAAUGUAGUAAACUGCACUUGACGCUGAUUGAUCGAAAGAAAAGUGCCAACGAGAUCAUGGCUGUUUUUCCUCAUUUUCGUUCGUAUAGUGGCAAACUGAUUCAAAUAUUUUACGAGGGAAUGCACGACAACUACAGCAAGAACAUAGACCUCAAAAACAUUUUUGCUAAAGGUCUAUUGCUCGGUAAAAGUGCGUUCGAGAGGGUAGAGGAUGAUAAUCUAAGGGGAUGUCUUCGUGUAAUGCUCAAGCUUAAUAAUAAGGGCAUCAUACGAAAUUCCAGCGGAGUAUCGAUUGAGGAGGAUCUUGCUGCGCCGCUUAUUAGGUGGAUCCCGGAUAUAGAUGAAGCAUACCAAGAACAGUUGGGACGAUACGCUGCAUCCUACAUUGUUAACGGUCGUUAUCCUCCAGCGCAUAUUAUUGGUAGAGCAGAAACAUUCAAGUUAGGUUCCUUAUAUAUAUAUACAUUGAAGGAGAAGUUAUUAGAUGUAAGGGCAGCAUGAUUAACUGCAUCGAUGUAUUGAUUAAAUCUUUUGACGUACUCAAUGUAAAACCGCCGGCUCAGUUGUACAAGUUAAUGGAUUUAAUUUCAAUACUGGGUUACAGGGUAAUGGUAUCCAGCAAGCGAAGCGGAGUGAAUGAGUUUUGUAAUUCUAUCUCUGACUACGAAAGAGCUAUUGCAAGCUCAGAUGAUGAAGAUUAGGAUUAGAAGGCUGACUGAUAUGUUACUAUUAAGUUAAUUUAUAAGUUUUACAUAUGAAUGAAAUACGCAUAUAUCCACAAUCCUUUAAGAAAUGUUAAAAGUUUAAAAAAAGAGCUGAUGUAUAUUUGAUGAUA